GAUUUCGACUCAGUUGGCUUUGUAGAAUAGGCGUAAACACAAAACGUACGUUACUCGCAGUCUUGGAUCGGUUCGUGAGAAUCGAGUGUGACGGAAAAGUAAAGAAACAAAAAAAAAUACAUGAGCGAUCAGGAACUCGUGAAGAAGUGGGAUAGGCCUCGAAAAUUGAAUUAAAUUUUACUGUAUGCUGGUUGGUGAGAUAAAACAGUUAGACGGAUGGAGAGACAUGAAACCUAAACAAAACAGUCGACGUAUGACCUGUAACCGCUCGCAGUAAUCAACGGUACAAAACACACCCGAAUUUGAGAUUGUGGGUUCCCUUAUCUAUUAAAUAAUGCAUAACACUAGUUAAUCAAGUUUGUAAAUAAAUGCAGUGCGUGGAAUUGAUAGCAGAAAGAAACAGUGUAGUGUAUGUUAUGUGUAUCUAGAUGUGUGUGAGCAUAGAUGACAGCAUCGCAGUCAGAAGUAAAAAAUGAGAAAACGUCGGAAGAAAUCGUUACAGUCUACCAACAGAGAAUAACAUGUUGAAUUCAAAAAAACACAUCAAUGCUCAAUAGUGGUGAGAGGACUAAACGGUCAUUCAGUGUCAAGUGAAUUAAAUUAUCAAAAUAUGUUGAUGUUGAGAGCGGAAUAGAAAAUGUCAACAUCAUGUUCGUUACUUCAGUAGGGAGCUUAACGAAAAUCUGAGAAAAUGUACCUAGAAAACAUGGGUUCAAUCGGAUUUCAGUUUAUCUUCACCAUUGUGCUAGUGUACGGAGCUCACACUGUUGAUACACAAAAUCAUAACAAGCAAUAUCAAAUUGCUUCCCAGCCUUUUGACGCAGAAGUGAAAACGGUCUAUUCGCAAGAUGAUAAAAGUUAUUUGCCUGCUAUCAAAGUUAGUAACAGUGCUAAAUCAAACAUCCUAAGAGAUCUUACUUUCAGUGAACAUAGUAUCAAUAAUAGUUACACUGAUGCAGAGUUAGUCAUUCGACAAUUACGUUCGACUGGUGGUUACAACACGCAAACUGGAUCUCAAAGUUUAUGCCACAAGGAGGGGUGUACUUGUUUGGAUCAGCCUAUUCUCACAAUCGAUUGUGAGAUAUUCGAUAGUGUGACUACAUUGGCAGACCAAUAUUACAUUCCCAGAGAAGCAAAAAGUCUCAACUUAUGGUUGACUGAUCGAGGGACAACUUUGAUUAUCAAUACGAAGCAAUUUACGAACAGCUUACUAAAUCGCGUAUUGAUAAGGGGUAAUUUACCCUAUGGUGAUGGUCGGGAACACGUGGAGUUCCAGAAUGAAGCAUUUUGUCUCAAUAAUGGCACCUAUCCGGAGUUGGAAGUGUAUAACAUUCAUAAGGUUGUGUUUCAUAGACAGACUUUCUGCCGAGAAUUCAAACUAAAUGUAACUAACGCCAGGGAGGUAACUAUAAUGCCAGAAGCAUUUUCGGUUCCCGAAAGUGAGAUUUUAUUGAAUGGUGUUAAAGACAUAAGGAUACAGGAAGACGCGUUCAAAGGAUCGAUUACAACUAUGCUUGACAUCGUCAAUAGUGGUAUAAAAAUAUUGUCAGAACUACGAGCAUCCUUUCGGCAGAUACAGUUUACGAAUACAACCAUUGAACAGAUCACAACGAAAGCAUUUGAUGUAAAUAAGAUAGAUUCACUGAUUCUCAAGAACUGCGAGAUAGGUUUAUUGAAGUCGCAAGCUAUAACUGAAAAGCUUUUGUGCAAACAAUUUAUCAUGGAAAGUUGUAAGAUAAAUGCAAUUGAGAAAAACUUUAUUGCUGAUAGCGGACUGAUAAACUUCAACAUGCAAAAUAACAUUAUCAACGAUAUAGCAUCUGACGCAAUCCGAUUCACGGGGAUUCUCACCAGCAUAGUUGGAAACAAAAUAAUCAAAACAGGAAAAAAUUGGUUCUUCCAGAAGCCAGAUUGGACGAGUGUGAUCAUUGCUAACAAUUCGUUUGGCGAAUUCAACUAUUUCACCAUUGAGAAAAGCAUCAAUUCGAAAUCAUGUCAAUUUCACGGCAAUUCGAUCACUCAGCCUGCUGUAAGAAGUUUUAGUUUCACACAACAUCCGGAGUGCACGUUAAGUGAAACGUCUUUUAACAAACAGUGCGCUUGUGAUGAAAGUUGGUUGAAAGAGUUAUACUAUCAAGACUACUACCAAUUACUAAAAGAAAGUUAUUGCCGAAUAGACGAGACUCUUAAAUUCUGUUUUAAUACAACCACCUUUAACGUGAAAACAUACAUGGAGCAAGUUUGCAAUGAGUCAACUCGAACGAUCGAUUGCUCCCGAAAUCAGAAAGAGAAAAAAGUUGUUCCCCAUUUUGUUUCUCCAAACGAAAUUGAAUCAAUUCAUUAUACAGAUUAUUAUCACCAAAUAAUAAUUGGAGGGGUUAUUCUGGUUUUGCUGGUGAUAAUAAUUUUGAGUAUAAUUUUCUGCAAAUUGUAUUGCAAGCAACGAGUCACUACAUCCGGAAACGCAAUAUCGAAUACAUCAUUCACCAUGACAACAACUAAGCAUCCGAAAGUGUUUACACCGGAAGACAAGACGAUUAUUCAUCAGACACUACAAAAGAUUAAAGACAGACAUUCGCUUGAUUUGUAUGGAGACAUAUUAACUCAUACACAAAAACUUCUCGGAGGUGACUUCACUGAAACCGAAAAAGUAUUAACAAUUGGUGAAAUCGUACGACGAUUGAAUGAUUGCGAAAACAGCGGAGAUGACUUUGUCGCCUUCACUGAUAUCCUCUAUCGUCAUUUAGCCCCAAGUACAAACAAUACACCUCUUGAAACGAUAUAUACAGAACCAUCCUGUCCUGCGGAGGGAACAACUGUUAUCGAAUCAUCUGGAACUCACGAUCAUAUUUAUGCAGAAUUAACGAGUGCGGCACAACCACUACUAAUAAAUGAGUACUCCGCACCGGUGGAUCAUAGUGAUUCACAGUACUCGGAACCGGUGAAAAUUACUCAAAAAGAUAACAUUCGAACGCUGAUAACGCCUUAUGCCAUUGGAAAUAACAUUGGAUCAUCUAUCCAACAACAACAGCCAAGCACGUCGAGGAAUUUGCCCGAUAUCUUAAAAUCAAACAGUGGUAACAAUACUAGCAACACUAGUAGUGGUAGUAGUAGUAGUAGCAGUAGUAGCAACAACAACAAUAUAUCAGAUGCCAUACAUUGCUCAGUGUCCUUAAGGUAUAUGGACCGAUCUCCAAACAGUAGCAGAGAGAUUCCUGAGUAUACACUGCCAAUCAAAAAAGUGCCACCCAAACCCAUCAUACACCGAGAGCCUAUAGUCGAUUCCGAUGGGUCGACAUCGAGCUCUGAUCAUUCGGAACACUCAGGUGGUAGUGAUAUUACUGUAAAAAUUGAUGACAUAGUAGAAUAUGCUGACGCAUGAUACGUACUCCAGUUUGAAAACAAUGUUUAUCAAUUUAGCUGUAUUGUUACUGUGAAACGUCCAGAAGCAUUGUGUUUGUAAUUACAUAGUAAGUAUGAAAAAGUGAUAUUAAUUUAGUCAAGAAUCAGGUUAUUUAAAUUAUAGUUUUUAGCACAUUAUCGAACCAAAAUAUGGCGUAGAAAAGAAAUAAUAUAAUAAAUGACUUCAAACAAAUCAUAAA